AUCUAGACUUCUCAAUACUAAUAGUAUUCUAUUCUCCUGUCUGUGGUAACGGUUCCGCCAGGCUCAGUAACUGAGCCACAUGUGAAGGCCAGGAGUUGUCAGAGUCUAGGCUAUUUGAGACGCAUGCCAUUGGAAGCACUUAAUAGGGCUAAUCCUGUGGUCAUGUUGUAUUAAAUGGCCAAUUACAGUGAAUUCAACAAUAAUAACUAUCUUCCUGGUUUGUACAAUGAAAUGGCUGCUACCGUUUUUAACAACUUUUCAUCAGUACAUCGCAGUCCUGUCUUAUCUCAGAAUAGUUUUACUUUUACUUCACCAACACAAGGUAUUACAUUAGCUACACAUAGACCCAGCAUUCAGACAACUAGUCCAAUAAGUAACAUGAGUGCCCCUGGAGUGGGUACAUCUUGGCAACAUUCAAUUCCAGUAACGAUGCCAUGGGCUGAUGUGGUCAAUCUUAGAGGAGCAGGAACAACUACUGUUUUUACAGGUGUUCCAGUACCUGCUUUCCCAGAACUACCACAGAGCGUCAAUGUACUAGCACCAGUUAAAUGUCCAAAAAGGAAAGCACUGGACUUGCCAGAUGAGGCACCAUUAUCAAAGGUGUAUCUUUGUGCUGAUCAGUUUGCUCAUAUGACUAUAACUUCACAAGAUCAGUCGGUUUUAACUACUCCAUCAGUGGCAGGGGACAACACAAAUGUGCAAGUCUUUUUUGGCUCAAGGGAAAGUCAAUGUCAGAGUGAUGCUAGUGCCUGGCAGAGAUUUAGAGAAAUUGAAAAUAGGUUAGAGGUUGAAUUAGAUGAAGAUUUUGAUGGAAAUCUAGGUCAGACUAAUAAUAUGGAACAAGAUGGACCAAGACUUACUAUUGUAGAUGGCAUUUUAGAAUCAACAAAAAGACAAUCACCUAUUUUACCCCGGAAAGUAAUGGAGGAUAUCACCAAACCUUGUAUGCAAAUAGUUCUUUGGAAGUCUCCAGGUGAACUUGUAAGGGAGGUUGCUAAAGAAGAAAGUCAAACCAAAACUUCCUCCUCCUCCACAACAACUACAUUAACCAAUAGUCAGACAUUGGGCACCUCAGCCAGUCCAGCAGAUGGAGGCAGCUCUUGUACUGUCAAUGCUGGCAUGGGAACCAUUCCAGAAUCAUUCUUGUUCAACACAAGUCAUGCUUCAGUUUCCCAGUCUUGUAUUGGUACUAACUUUCAGAGUACUGCUAGUGUCUCAACAUCAUUGCCUCCUUCAUUUAGUCCAUUGUCAUCUCCACCUGACAACAGUUUUAAUCAAAUUUCAAAAGGCUUCAGUAUGUUUGAAACUAUAGAUGAUGAUGAUAUGCAGCUGUGAUUAGAAAUAUUUUAAUAGCUAGACUUCACAAUGUUCUUGGCCAUCCAACAUGUGUUGUUGCAUUGGACAUUAAGGAACAUAAAUCUUUGAGAUUUUCUUUAAACUUCCUCAUGAAAAGUGAAGCUUCCAGUCACAUUUAGUUUAUUUAAAAAAAAAAUAGAAACAUGGUUAGAAAAUCCAGUAGAACAUUAAACAUUAAUAUAUAGUAGCAGAGUAAAUAAGCUCUUGUGUUUUGAAAUAUUUGUUUUUAUCAAUAAUAAUUGUAUGUUAUUUAUAAUUAUAUAAACUAGAAGCUUGGCGGAAUAAAAAUCAAAGCAGGAAAUAUUCCACUUGCCUGUGAAGUAAAUUUAAUUUUCUACUUUCAGUUGUGGCACUAUUAAAGAUCACAAAUCGCAGAGUUCUAUCAUUGCUAGUCUAUUACCAAGUGAAGAUUAAAGAAAAAAAAGUCUAAGGGUACCUAUCUUGUAUCCAACCAUAGUUGAGUGGUCAAUUUCUAAACUGAGAGAAAUGCUCAUUAACAUGUUAUACAUUACUUAUUGUUGGUUCACUUCUACUUUGACAAAUUUUGUUAAGUUCCACUUUUAAUAAGUUGGUGCUCAUUAACUCUUUCUCUCCGUAAUUAUUUACCACAUUCAGGUGGAAUCAACGUUGGUAUCGUCUGUUUGGAGAGUUAACCCAUGAUCACCAGUGAUUUAGUAAAGCUUAUUUUUUUAAUUCCUUUUAGAUCAAUUAUCUAUAUCUUUAUGAAUCAUGGAUACUUUAGUAUUUUUGUUCUUAAGUAGUAGUGAGAAUUACUUUUCUAGAAAAAAAAUAAAUUAAUUACAUUUGUAUUAAAAAAAAUCAUUCUUCAUUAUGUAAAUACUGUAUAAAGAUUUUGAUAAUAACAUGCAUAAAAGAUUUUCCAAUAUUUCUAAAAGCUUGUAGACUGGAAUAAGGCCAACAUUUUGUGGAAUGGGAUAAAAGUUUCAUUUUUAAUUUACCUGUACUGGUGUGUUUAGCUUUCUUUUCCAUUUUUUUGUUGAAUGAUAAAAUAUAUCAACAAAUAAGUCAUUCAUGUUUGUUACUUGGCCACUGGCAUGAUUGUUUUUAAUGUUAUAAAAGCUCAUUCAUAUACCUUUUGGUGGUAAAGAAUGUAAUGUGUAUCAUUCAACAUCUGAAUCUAAGUCUGCUUUAACUUCAGUUUAUUGGUGGCCGUAAUGGUUAAAACAAACCAAAAAUAUGAUGUAAGGAUUUUUUUAAAUUAAUGAUUUUAUUGUUAAUGUUAUUCUUUUCAAAUGAAAUUUUAUGGUCUAAUGAAAUAAAUGGAUUUAAUGAAAU